AGGGGUGCUAGACCUGGUGGGGUGCAGACAUCUAGAAUAAGGGGCAGCCUGCGUGGAAGGGGGACUUCCAGUGGCUGCCUGCCCUGCCCUGUGCCUGGACCAUGAAACUUACCCUGCUGUGUGGGCUGCUGGCGAUGGCUGGCUUGACUCCGGCCCAAGGCGGGCUUUUGAACCUGAACAAGAUGGUCCGGCAGGUGACUGGGAAGACGCCCAUCCUCUACUACUGGCCCUAUGGCUGUUACUGCGGAUUUGGUGGCAGAGGCCAGCCCAAAGAUGCCACAGACUGGUGCUGCCGGAAACAUGAUUGCUGUUAUGCCAACCUGAAGACCCAUCGCUGCAGGACCCAGACAGACUAUUACAAAUUCACCUUUUCCCAGGGAGCCAUCCAGUGCUCUGACAAGGGCAGUUGGUGUGAGCAGCAGAUAUGUGCCUGUGACAAGGAGGUGGCUUUAUGUCUGAAGCAAAACCUGGAUAGCUACAACAAGCGCCUGCGUUACUACCUGCGGACCCAAUGCCAAGGCCAGACCCCUACGUGCUAGGACAGCCUGCCCUGUCUGUCUGUCUGCCCCCUGGACCUUAUGCAUUCCAGGGCAUCUUGAGCUCUGAAGUCCUGAAAGCUUGCUCACAUCCUCCUAGUUCCUAGCCACCCAGACCAGCUGACUUUUAAAGCCCUCCCUGGUAGCAGGGCCUGGCCUUGGCCUCUCCCUCUAGCUGCUUCUCUGGCCAUCUGGAUCCUUCCAGAAAGGCACAGUUGUCUCCCAAGAGAAAGGCUGAGGCCAAAGAACGGUCUGAAGACCUGUAUGGAGGCCUGGCUCGUGGCCACUGCCACCCCUAUGCCCUGCUGGUCCUGCUCACGCCCGCAGCUGAGUGGCUGCUAUAAAGGACGGUUUUACUCUUUCUGUCCACGGCUUUCUCUGUUCACCUUACUCCAGGGUAAAGACCACUGCUUCCCUGUCCCUGGCUAGGGUGUGGAGUCCUGUAGGGGAAGCCAUGUCUCUCGUGGAAUUAAUGACACCCUCAUGUCCAGGGCAGCUUCAUAACCGAGCAGGGGCUCUGACACGACCCCUGAGUCAAUGGCUGGGAAAAGCCAGGCUCUUGUUAUCUAGGCUUCAGGGCCUGACCUAUGCUUUCCCACUCCCCACCACAACCCUGGGCUUGCUCAGGAGCCUCCCACAACAAUGCCCUGGACCCUCUCCUCUGGAACAGAGGCCUUCCCUGGCUGGCCUUCUUCUUCCCCAAAUUUAAGGACUCCUUUGUGUUGGCCCAUCUAGGUGGUACUGCACCCCAACUUUCUCCUGGGACCAAGUUGUUGUGACAUCCCCAGAAAUUUGAACCUUCACUGCACUUGCCUUUGUCCCUAGGCCUCGCCUGUUUUCCUGGUUCCCUUACACAGGUUUGUCCAAUAAAGCACUGGCAUAGCCA